UAUUUCCUUUCCUGGAGGAUAUUUAGCACCACAGAAGCAGAGAAAACUACUCAAAGUAUCAUGCCACAUAAAUGGGAGAAUGAUAGGAAAAAGAGCAGCAGCUCUCUGAAGAUGGAUCAAAAGAACAGUGCUGGGAACAGGAAGUCAAGAAAGUUUCGCUCCAUUUCAAGAUCCCUCAUACUCUGCAAUGCCAAAACCAGCGAUGAUGGGUCAAGUCCUGAUGAGAAAUACCCUGAUCCAUUGGAGAGCUCUACAAGCUGGGGUCAAGAGGAUUUUAACUGCUGUCCCAGAACUCAGCUGCCAUACACAGCAGAGGCAGAGGACAGCCCACCUGAUCCUCCACGUGUGGUCACCAGCAUCCUCCAGUCCAAAGCUGCAGCAAACGAGAACUGCAACAACACGAGAAGAAAGUUCCUCACCAAGGACAGCUGCAUCUGCAGGCUGUGUUCAACAUCAGGGAACAGCAGCUCGGGAAUGAAGCUCUCCAGGAGCCCGAGAUGUGCAUCUUUCUGGAAAGGGCUAACAGGGAGCCAUGUGCCUGCUGAGGGCUCAGCAAACAGGGAUGGUUGCCUGAGCCCAAGGGAUGAACUGUUAGCACUAAAUGCACAAUCACUGAAAGACCUGCCUAGAAAGGAGGCUGAGUCUCUGAUUCCCUCACCAACACGGCUGGUGAACAUCAUGAUGGCUCACAAAGAAACACCAACACGUAAGGACAGGCGUUUGGAAAUACAGAAUGGUUUUCUGCACGGUAAGGCUGCAUGCCAGCGGACUCGCAGUAACUCCACCAGUGCGAGCCCGCUCUGGGCCGGGGCUGUGGAGGGCCCGGCGCCGUGCAGAGCUGGGCCCCUCAGGGAGCGCCCACCCCACGGCCUCCACGCCGGCCGAAAAUCACUGUCACAGCAGCUGGACUGCCCUGCAGGGAGAGCCCCGGCAAUUUCGAGGCCAUCUAGAUCCCUAAGUACAGCACAACUUGUGCACACAUCCUGUGGCUCACAGGCUUCAGUGAUUUCAAACAUUGUAUUGAUGAAAGGACAAGGGAAGGGUUUGGGCUUCAGUAUCGUUGGUGGUAAAGACAGCAUUUAUGGACCAAUAGGCAUCUAUGUCAAAACCAUCUUUCCUGGUGGAGCUGCUGCUGCUGAUGGGAGGCUGCAAGAAGGUGAUGAAAUCCUGGAACUGAAUGGAGAGUCCAUGCAUGGAUUAACACAUUAUGAUGCUUUGCAGAAAUUUAAGGCCAAAAAGGGUCUUCUGACACUUACAGUCAGGACAAGCUUCAGCACACCUCAUUCUGCUUCCAGCUGUCAGUCACCCCUCCUGUGUCAGUCACUGAGCUCCAGUACAUGCAUAACCAAGGAAAACAGCUCUUUCAGCUCAGAAAAUGGAGCAUUCUCCUUAAAUCCUACAAAGCCCAAUGACAGGGUCAUAAUGGAAGUUACCCUAAACAAAGAGCCAGGUGUUGGCCUUGGAAUUGGGCUAUGUAGCAUCCCUUACUUCCAGUGUAUUUCAGGGAUCUUUAUUCACACCCUCUCACCAGGCUCAGUGGCACAUAUGGAUGGGAGACUCAGGUGUGGAGAUGAAAUUCUUGAAAUUAAUGAAACUUCAGUACAAAAUACAACCCUUAAUGAAGUUUAUGCUGUGCUGAGCCAUUGUGAUCCUGGUGCAGUACAAAUCAUUGUUAGCAGACACCCUGAACCACAGGUGUCUGAGCAACAGCUAAAAGAAGCUGUUGCACAAGCUGUGGAAAGCAACAGAUUUGGAAAGGAGAGACAUCAGUGGAGUACUGAAGGUGCUAAGAGGCUGGAGCUGAGCUGGCACGGGAGGCAGCCCUGUGAGAAGCACACGGACAGGAGCACGGGCUGCUGCAGCCGCAGGGCUCAGCGGCUCAUGACCCGCUCCAGCAGCGACAGCAGCUGCGCCCCCCGGGCCUCCUGUGCCCCUGCUGCUGCUGUGCACCAGCUCACAGACCUGACAGCAAGGGUACACAGCGUAGAUGUACCAAUCACCCAGCAGCCUGGGCUGCUCUACUCAUUCUCUGCCAGUAAUUCAGGGAGAAAUUCCCCUCCCACCUGUAGCGAAGGUGGUCGAGCCUUGCAAAACACUAAGAAGUCAUCAGAGAUCCUCGUUAGAAAACCUAAAUCAUCAAAGCCCAAACCUCCACCAAGGAAAUACUUCAAGCAGGACUGCACCUGUGAUGACCAGGCUAAUGCAGACAGAAAAGAAAAGCUUGUAUCCGAAGUGGCUGCAUCACCUUCUGAGAGUGUUCAGCAGGAAGUUGGAGAAGCAAUGCUAGAGAGACAUCAAACCCAUGUAACCCACAGUGUCUUCACCACUUCUCCUACUGCAAGUGACAAGGAGCACACAGCUGCUGCUCCAGGGGGCAGAGAUCAAGAAAGAAAAGAAAAAUUAGGGAAUCCACUUUCAUCAAUACAAAGGCCUGUACUUAAAAGACAAGCACGGGUAGAUUAUAGUCUUGAUACAACAGAAGACCCCUGGGUUAAAAUUUCUGACUGCAUAAAAAGCUUAUUUAAUCCUACCAUGAGUGAAAACAACGUCCACUUGGAUUUGCAACCUGGCACAGACAAAAAAAAGGAGAAUCAAAAUCGAAGCAGCUCAGAGACAGUUCUGAAGAAAUCAGAAUCAGAGGGUUCCAAAGUGCUAAAAUCAGAUGAAAAUGACAGUGUGAAAAAGGGUCCUCCUGUUGCACCAAAGCCCACCUGGUUCCGCCAAAGUCUGAAAGGAUUGAGGAAAGCAAAUUCAGAUCUAAAACCACAGGCAGAUCAAAGUCCUCCCAACCAGGACAGUGUUUCCAGCAAAAAACAGCAAUCCAGCUUCUCACGUGUGUCUCCUGGAGGAUCAUCAAUAAAACAAAGAAUAAGCUCAUUUGAAUCCUUGAGUGCUCCACAGUCACCUGAAAAAACCCCCCGAAGGCUGAGCCUAAAACCAUUGGUGCAGAAAGAACCUUCUCGCCCUGCAGCAGGGGCAGAGGCAGCUCCAGCCUGUUCAAACCAACCCUUCCACCCACACCAUGAAAACAGCCACCAACAGCCACCUGUGGCUACAAAGAGCCUGGAUAGAUCUUCCUCUCGCAGGGAGAGCAUUGACAGAGCAGAGAAAAGCAGCUCAGAGAAAAGCAGCAAUGCCAGCACUGAAAGUUCAUCAAGUCUCCUCACUGCAGGGGCUGUAAACUCCCAUCUUGUGUCAGUAGCGAAAGCGCACAGCCUGAGGUCACGGAGCUUCCCUCUCACUGCUGCCCAGGCUUGUGAGAUAAUGAAGCCAUUUGAUGAGAAGUGUAGCAAAAUCUAUUCCAUCAGCAGCCAGGUGUCAUCUGCUUUAAUGAAAUCAUUGCUUUGCCUUCCUCAGUCCCCAGCCUCUUCUGGAAACAGUGCAUGGGAAACUCUGGACACAGUGUCUCAGUCCUCCAUGGAGGAGGAUGGGCCUUCCACCUCAGCUGCGAGUGAGAACCAUCACCUGGACACUGGCUUUUCCCUAAACCUCUCAGAGCUGAGAGAAUACACGGUGAGCCUGGCAGACAAAGGGAAGGAGGAAGACAAACAGGAACAGGGCUCACCUCAAGCAUCCGGUGUGUUGGGGCAGUCAGUCAUUUCUCUGCUUUCCCCUGAGGAGCUGGCAAAGCUUAUAGAGGAAGUCAAAGCCCUAGAUGAAGAAACCUUAAAGGAACUUGAUGAUAUUCAUGUUACAGUUUUGCAUAAAGAAGAAGAUAGUGGGCUUGGAUUCAGUCUGGCAGGGGGCAUUGAUCUGGAAAACAAAGUGGUAACAGUUCACAAAGUAUUUCCCAAUGGCCUGGCCUGUCAGGAAGGAACCAUUCAGAAAGGAGAUGAAGUGCUCUCCAUUAAUGGGAAGUGUCUGAAAGGUGCAACUCACAGUGAUGCCUCAGCAAUCAUGCGACAGGCACGGCAAGCCAGACAAGCUGUUGUUGUCACCAGAAAACCCAAAGAUGGAGAAAAAAAUCUCAAUGUUUCAAUCAGCUCUAGUACAUCAUCAGUAGCAAGUGAUGCCUCACAAGAAUCUGCCACUGGGGAUACAAUCUGCACUGUAACUCUAGAAAAAACAUCUGCUGGUUUAGGAUUCAGUCUGGAAGGAGGGAAAGGCUCUAUUCAGGGAGAUAAACCCAUCAUCAUCAACAGGAUAUUUAAAGGGACUGCACUGGAGCAGAGCAGCCCUGUUCAGCCUGGUGAUGAGCUCCUACAAGUGCACACAACUGCCAUGCAAGGACUCACUCGUUUUGAGGCGUGGAAUGCAAUCAAGGCAUUACCUGAUGGGCCCAUCACUGCCAUCAUCAAGAGGAAGAAUCACAGCUCUGUUACCAGCAAGUCAUCCAAAACUUUGUAAGAGGAGGGAUUAGACUACUUUGGAAACAAAGGAUUUUAUUACUUGCAGGCACUUGGCUGCCUCAGCAAGAUACUCAGAAAGCACCCACGAGGAGUACACUGGAGCUUACUGCCAGUUACAGAGAAAGCUGUCUGGGAUUGACUAAAACCUGCAGGAAAUGGGCAUGAUUCUUAUUUCAACCUUCAGAAACAGAUGUUACAAAGUGUAUAAUUAUAAAAUAAUGACUUUGUUAAUAAUACAGUGGUUGUAAUAAAAUCCUUCAUAGCCAUAGUA